UACGUCAUUUUCUCACGUUCGAUGUGUGGUGUCAUGCAGAUUUAUUCGUGAUUAUUUUGUGAAGAAAUAGUAUAAUUCUUGGAAUGUUUAGUAUUUUUAUUUCUUUUAUUCAUUAUGUGUAACUUCAAUAAACUUGUGUUAGUGACGUUUUGUUGUUCUGGAAGAAAACAGUGAGGAAAAUUUUGUUUUAUAGUUCACUAUGAAUUGCCACCAAGUACUGAGUGGUGCCUGUAAUUCAGGAGAUCAAUGUUUUGCUGUGGGUUCUGUGGAGGGAAUACCUUUCACGGCUUACGCAGCAGGAUGUAACAUAGUGAUAUUGGCCUCAAACUUUGAAAGAGUUCAAAUUAUCCCUGGAGCUAUCCACGGCUAUGUGCGCAUUGGCUCUUUGGACUGCAGCACGGACACGGGGAAGAUAGCUGCGGCCUACGGAGCUGAAGUGUGCAUAUUUGAACCCACACCACUCAUCCAUUCUGCUGCUACCACUCAUGGUCUGGAGUAUCGCUGGGUGCAGACUGGCAAGCUAGUGGCGGAUGGGCCCAUCACCGCGCUGUCAUGGAAUCUCGAGGGAACUAGGCUUCUGACGGGCGGCAAGAUUUUACAACUUUGGCACCAGGCGUCGCUUUAUCAGGAUGACAGUCAGCCAAGCUCCGGAGUCACAUUUCAAAUCGGUGGAAGCGACAAAGAUGAAAAACCAAAGCAACAAGAGGAAGAAGAGCCCGGCUGGAUAUGCGUGUGGCAGUGCCACACGGCGACACCGGCCCACCACCUCGCGUUCUCACCAGACGGCGUGCUGUUCGCCACCUCCGGCAUUAACGACAGACUCGUUAAAAUCUGGUACCAGAACAAAGUAUUGUAUCAGCAGACUCACAACGACCAUUCCCAGCAGGAGUUGAACUAUACGUUCAUUUACGUAGCACAUCCGCGGGCUGUCACCCACCUUUCAUGGCGCAAAACCAGCAAAUACAUGCCCAAGGGCAGCGUCGGCAACGUGCUAGUGACGUCAUGCGUGGACAACAUCUGCCGCGUGUGGGCCGAGACUCUUCUACCAGACGACGAGUGGGGCGGUUGCGUCCCAGCGCAUGCGCGCUCACCGCCGCGCCGCCAGCGCGCCACGCACCGUCAUAAGCACCGGUUCAUGCAGCGGCUCAAGCAUAUGAAGACAUGUUUCCAUAUCAGACGGAACGCGCAGUCGUCCAAACAGCCGGGCGCGCCCAUACCCACUCUGCCUUCCACGUACAGCGCCCACGACUUCCACAAUCCUUACCACUCCAGCUCUUACACGGGAGGCCUUCAUUUCCACCUCGCCGCGUCAAUAAACGCAGAAACAGACAUCCCGCUUGUGCCUUCGUUGGCGGGAGGCGGUCGCUUCAUACUGCAUUGGUUGCACAACAAGGAGAUGCACUUCACUAGCCAAGCGGAGGCUAUACUGCACGACCUCACUAAAAAGAUAUUAGAUAAAGAAGAAACGGAUGAAGCUGGUUCAGGUUCCGACCACACCGCACAUCCAGAAGGGGAAAACGAGACAAGUAGUGGCAACCACAGUCACCCGAGUCUGUCCAACACGACGUCUAUAAACUCGAUAGCGACUGACGUCACCUGCACCCACCUUCCCGAUUCCUUGGAUGCUAAGAUCGAGUCGCUACUGAGGGAUUGGCACCAGAGUCCGGAUCUGUUGUUCUCGAUACACCCUGUUGAUGGCAGCUUUCUUAUAUGGGUGUGCGAAUGGCUAGACGAGUUACAAGCCGGCGCGAUCCGGCAGGCUCAAGUGUCGUUCUCGGCUCGGAUUCCUUCAGCUUUUCCGUUAGGAGACGCCACCACUAUGUGUACGCCCGCGGCGUUAUAUCAUGCCGCCGCGUUAUACCAGCCGCUGUAUGUGCGCCACCGAACUAAACCUGUGAUACCUGGACAACAACAACAGCAAGGGGAAACUGUUACGACUCCUUUGGCUAGUGUACAAGAGGAAAAAGAUGAGAAUGAGUGGCCUCAAGCAGAUGAAAAUGCAGAAACACAAGAAAAUGGUGCUUGCGAAGAAAACAACAAUGAAAUGCAAAGGAAGAUGAGUGUAGCCACGGAGGACCAAGGCGAAAAUCAGGAGGGCGAUGUUUUAGACUCAGCGCCCGUCAUAUCCAUGGUCACCAAUCAUACUAACGGCACGCUUAACCUCUGGCAGCUAACGUUUGAUGAUAAGUCUAAGUUCUCUCAGGUGCUAUCUAUAGGACAUGCCUCAAGAGCGUCCGGCCAUAGAUUUAGAGUUAAUGACAUCACAUGCCAUCCAGUAUUACCAUUAUUGCUUACGACUAGCCAUCAUAACAUAUCAGAUAGUGACAGAGAGACCCACAAGCCAGAUGACGACACAGCCGCCGGUGGUCUAUGUUCUGAGUUGAUCAUGUGGCGGGUGGAAUGUGUGGGGCCUUUGGGCAAAUCGGGCGGGGUCUCCGAACUGGCUCGGGUCAAUUCGCCCCACUUGUCGGCUUUCAGCAACGUGGCGUGGCUGCCUACUUUGUUACCAAG